CUCCACAGGAUCGGCACCCUCCGAGGUCCCCGAGCGGCGCGGGAUGCGGCUGGCGGGGCCGCUGCGGGCGGCGGCUGGCGGGGGCGGCUGGCGGGAGCGCUUCGACUGCGGCGGCCGCGACGUGGCGCGCUGGUUCCCCGGGCACAUGGCUCGAGGGCUGAAGGACAUGAGGAGGACCCUGCGCGACGUGGACGGCCUGCUGGAGGUGCACGAUGCCCGCAUUCCGCUUUCUGGGCGGAAUCCCGUCUUGCAGGAGGUCCUGGGGCUCCGUCCACAUUUGCUGGUGUUGAAUAAAAUGGAUUUGGCAGAUCUGACCCACAAGUCAAGGAUUCUAGAACUUUUGGAACAACAAGGUUUGCAGCAAGUUGUCUUCACCGAUUGCUUAACAGAUGAAAACGUUAAGAAGCUUAUUCCCAUUCUCACGGGACUGAUCAAAAACAGUCAGCGCUAUCAGAGGGCGGAGAAUGUGGAUAGCAACAUCAUGGUGAUAGGGGUGCCGAAUGUGGGGAAAUCCUCAAUCAUCAAUUCCCUGAGAAGGCUGCACCUCGGGAAAGGAAAAGCAGCGCCGGUUGGAGCGGCACCAGGUGUAACCAGAGCGGUUCUCACCAAGAUCCAGGUGUCUGAAAAGCCGCUCGUGUACUUACUGGACACUCCUGGGGUGCUGUCUCCCCAAAUCAAGUCCGUCGAGACAGGGCUGAAGCUGGCGCUGUGUGGAGCGAUUCUCGAUCACCUGGUGGGGGUGGAGGUCAUUGCUGACUACCUGCUGUAUGUGCUGAACCAGCAGCAGCAGUUCAGUUACGUGGAGCGUUACGGGCUGAGUGGCCCCUGCGAUGAGGUGGGGAGUGUCCUCAAAAGCAUAGCGCAGCACCUGGGCAAGGUGCAAAAAGUCCAGGUCCUGACUGGCACAGGGAACGUGAACGUAGCGGUCCCCAAUUACAACGCCGCGGCCUGUGAAUUCAUCUAUACCUUCCGCAAGGGGCUUCUGGGGAAGGUAAUGCUGGACCAGGGGAUCCUCGGCUGACCUUGCCCCGGAGCCGCCUUCUGGAAAGUUCCGAGGACCGAGCAGCAGAUCGUUUCCUCCCUUCAGGGGAUCAGCACCGGCUUGUCUUGGGUGGCAAAGCAACAGCUGGAGGGAGCUGCUGUCUACCUCCUGUUUAAAAAGAACCCCGCAGGCGGACUGCAUCGCUUCAGGGUCUGCUCGAGCCACAUGAGGCCAAACGCUGCUCUGGAAGAACGAAAUGAAUACAUCGGUGCGAGUUAAACUAUUGCCACCC